UUUGAGUCAGUUCGCAUUACGAGGUCCUUCCGAUAACGCUUCCUCUUUUUUUUUCCACUCAACUUCUUUUCAAUUCAAAGAUCGCAUUGCAAUGGAGGACCACAUGUCAGAGAGAAGAAGAACUUUACCGGUUGUCAAAGUAGAAAAUGACAAUUUAAAUGAUAGUUUACCUAAACAUGUACUACCUAUGCUUGAAGCAUCGAAAAGCUCCGCAGAAGGAAAAGACGUAGAAGAAAAAAAGUAUGAUUCAAAUGUGACAGAAGCCAAUCAAUUUGAUAGCAAUCAACACGACGAUGGAACAAGCAGAAAGCCAUCCACUGCUUCAGCAGGGUCUCUCACGUCAAAGCCGCUGCCAUCAUGGUUGAAAUUGAACUCUGGUAUUGCAAAAUCAAAAGAAAGCUCGAAAGCACCACGACAUUCGAUAGGUUUGGAUGUCCCAGGCGCAGUUCACACAAUCACCAAAAAGCUUAAUUCAGAACGUCCAUUAGAUAGUAAAUUGGUGGUAAUCAUGGUUGGAUUACCGGCACGCGGUAAAAGCUAUCUCGUUAAAAAGUUAAGAAGAUAUCUCAAUUGGUUACAGUAUGAAACAAAAGUCUUUAAUGUCGGCAACGUACGACGUGUUUGCGAAUCUUCGACGCAAGACCAAUCAGCAAGCUUUUUUGAUCCUAAUAAUAAAGAUACAAGCCGGAUACGAGAUGAAAUUGCUUUGAGUGUGCUGGAACAAUUGAUAGGUUGGUUAAAAGAAGGUGGACGUGUGGCUAUUCAUGAUGCUACCAAUUCAACUUUAGCGAGGAGAAAACUGCUGGUAGACAGAUUAGAAAGAGAGCCCGAGAUAAGAGUGCUAAUGAUCGAAUCUGUUUGUAAUGACCAAACGAUGCUCGAACGUAAUUUUCGUUUAAAACUUUCUGGACCAGACUACAAGAACAAGGACCCUGUGGAGGCUUUGGCCGAUUUCAGGUCACGUGUGGCAAAUUAUGAAAAAGCUUAUCAGCCUGUAGGAGAAUGGGAAGAAGAGAACGAUAUCCAAUUUUGUAAGCUCAUCAAUGUAGGGAAGAAAGUAAUUGCUUACAAUAUAUCCGGCUACCUCUCCGGCCAAUGUAUCUUUUAUCUCAUGAACUUUAAUCUAAAUGAGCGCCAAAUUUUUGUUACUCGCCAUGGCGAAAGUGAAGAUAAUGUCACGGGAAGAAUUGGCGGCGAUGCUCCCUUGAGUGAAAAAGGAAUCAAAUUUGCCAAAGCGUUGGCAAAAUUUGUUGAAACACAAAGAAUCAAAUUUGCUUGUGAGAUGGCAAGCAAAGCGAAUGAACUGGAACCAGAAGAGAACCAAACACCUGCCAACGCCUUGAAAAAGACAGCACAGUAUUGUAAUCAGCCAUUUACAGUUUGGACCAGUAUGCUCCAAAGAUCCAUGAAAACGGCAGAAUUCUUUGAUCCAGACGAUUUUGAUGUUAAACAUAUCAGAUUCCUAAACGAAAUCAAUUCAGGCAUUUGUGAAGGAAUGACCUAUCAAGAAAUUUUACAAAAGUACCCUGAAGAAUAUAAAGCCAGAAAAGCCAACAAGCUGUUCUAUAGAUACCCGGGAAUGGGUGGAGAGUCUUACAUCGAUGUCAUUCAUCGGCUUCAGUCUAUGAUUGUUGAACUGGAAAGAAUGACUCAAUCAUGUUUGAUCAUCACCCACAGAGUCGUCAUGCGCAUUCUGCUAGGUUAUCUGCUGGACUGGACAAGAGAAGAAAUGCCGCACAUGAUGGUACCCAUACAUACUGUUUAUGAGCUACGACCAAAGCCUUACGGAACUGAACUGAAGAAAUGGCAAUACAUAGAAGAAACCGAUUGCUUUAUUGAGUUUUAACUCCCUUUUUUCUAGUGCCAACAUCCUAUACAUACGCAUACACGUACACACACACAUCUCGUUUAUAUCUUUUGUAUUUAAUUCAUGUACAUAUUUUUUCUACUUUUUUUUUCACUUUGCGUACUCUUACGCUCAACAGACAUGCCUCCUUUUCUCUUUUUGACGACAUC